AGUUGCACCUUCUCACGUCUGUAGCAUUGAACUGCAAGGUUUUUUUUGUAGAUUGACCAUGAAGCAAUCUUUGGCGACGGUUCUGGUUCUGGCGGCGUUCGCCGCUAAUGUCGGCCAGCUGCGAGCUAAUACUCCGGUUUCGGUUGAUGUGUACUACGCUCACCUCUGCCCAGACAGUGUACGUUGGGUGCAGGAUCAGCUGCUGACAUUGAGCCCGACCCUUCUCAACAGCAUCACCCUUGACUUCAUUCCGUUCGGCAAGGCGCAAAGUGUCAACAACGGCCAGAGUUUCAUUUGCCAGCAUGGUCCGGCGGAAUGCGAGGGCAACCGAGUGCAGUCUUGCGUUCUCAGCUUGCUGCCUACGCAACAGGCCCAGGUUAAUUACGUCGGCUGCCAGAUGAGCUUCACGGCUGAUCCCCGCGGAUGGGAGUGUGCCUUCCGGUCGGGAGUAAACCUAAACGCUGCUGAGGCUUGCGUACAAGGAGCUCAGGGAACGGAGCUACAGUUGGAAGCGGAACGUCGCACUCAGCAGAUCGCUCCGGCAUUUAUCCCAACCAUCGUUUUCAAUGGACAAUUCGACCAGGCUCUUCAGGAUCGUUCCCUGACGGACUUUGCCGGUAUCGUGUGCGAGCUGGCUGGUCUAUCUGGCGUGGGCUGCUAACUACCAGUACUUUUGGAGUGUGAACGAAUAGCGGUUUACCAGAAAUUUUUUUCUAUCCGUUAUGAAAAUGCAUGUAACAAUUGACGCUUAAAACAAGCUAAUAA